AGACAGCUCUCGAGCUUCUACAAGAUCCUCUCAUUUCCCUGGAUUCUUCAAGAUAUCUCUCGAAAGUCUUCCAAACUCAUCAUUCAUGUCCUACGAAACACCCGCCAUUUCCUACUCUUCCCCCAUCAGCUGUGGACAGCAUGGCAAACGCAUGCAGCCGAGUCACCCAGAAGACAACAAAAAUGUCAGGAGUAUUGAAACCCCUCACCUUCGAGGUGAUAAACGAGUGCAAAACAACCAAAGCCAGAACCGGGAGAAUGUUGCUGAUCCACCAUCACGUUAACACUCCUGUCUUCAUGCCUGUUGGCACUCAGGGAACUCUCAAAGGAUUGUUGCCACAACAAUUGGAGGAGCUAGACUGUCAGAUCAUGCUAAGCAACACCUAUCACUUAGGAACACGUCCGGGUCCGGAGAUACUAAAAAAAGCCGGAGGUCUCCACAAGUUUAUGAACUGGAAGAGAGCCCUUCUGACAGACUCCGGAGGCUUCCAAAUGGUGUCUCUCCUAAAAUUAGCCGAAAUAACCGAGGAAGGAGUGAAGUUCAGCUCUCCUUACGAUGGAUCCGAGUGCAUGCUAACCCCCGAGCACUCCAUCGAGAUCCAGAACGCAAUUGGUGCUGAUAUAAUCAUGCAGCUAGAUGACGUUGUGGCCAGCACCACUACCGGGCCGAGAGUCGAAGAGGCAAUGCACCGAACAACUAGGUGGUUGGACCGUUGCCUAUCAGCUCACCAACGUCCCACGGAGCAGAGUGUCUUCCCAAUAGUUCAAGGUGCCCUGAACCCCGACCUACGAACCCAGAGUGCGACCAAGCAGUCCAAGAGGGAGGUCAAUGGAUUCGCAGUGGGUGGGCUCAGUGGUGGGGAGAGCAAGCAGGACUUCUGGAAGAUGGUGCACCUGUCAACAGACAUUUUACCCAAAGACAAACCCAGGUACCUGAUGGGGGUGGGAUUCGCAGUGGACCUGGUGGUAUGCUCGGCCCUUGGGAUCGAUAUGUUCGAUUGCGUCUUUCCGUCGCGAACAGCGCGAUUUGGUUGUGCAUUAGUAAGAUCUGGACAACUCUCCCUUCGUCAGAGGAUCUACAAACACGACAGGCGUCCCAUUGACGAAAAUUGCGACUGCAGUACUUGUAAAACAUACACACGAGCUUAUCUCCACCACCUGGUGACGGUGGAGACCGUCGCCUGUCACGCACUAACCGUCCACAACAUAGCAUUUCAGCUGAAGCUCAUGAAGGACAUCCAAAGCAGUAUUGAGAAGCAAAAUUUUCCUGAGUUCAUCCGAGAAUUCAUGUUGACAGUCUAUCCUGACAGGAAUUACCCAGAGUGGAUCGUCAAGGCUCUUGGAGCUGUCAACGUGGAAUUGUCGUGAUAUACGGCUGGAUUUUUAGACCAAAAAUUAUUCCUACUUGUCCUUUUUAUUUUUAAUAUUCAUUUUUCGAUUUAUGGGGAGGGGAUCAGAAAAAUUGAUAAUUUACAGUUGUGGAGGUUUUAUUCGUCGGGGGAUAUCACAUGAAGUCGUCUGAAUCAUACCCUGAUGCCUCUGCAUUCGUCGUCAUCUUACUCUCUUGGAAUAAAGAUGAAUAAUUCCUGAAAAUUGGACAUGUUGGAUUCAGGGAUGCGUGACACAACUGGGAAAAUAGAGUAUUCACCAUUUUCUUCGUUAAACCUCAAGUCAAUCAAUUAAUAACAUCAAUUAAAAAUAGUGAAAACUUAGUACUUAAGCACUUGAUGUUUCCGAGAAAGAUUUGGAAAAAAAAUCUCCAACUAUUUAAGUAAGUUAUUAAAUUGAUUUGAAAAGA